GGACCUUUGUCAACGACCUCCCUUCUCUUUGUUCUUCCAGCUCCAAACAAUCUGACAGGAUCAGAUAACAUACCUACUGGAACAACCAACGUGAAACAACCCGGAGGUUCCUUAGUUGCCGCUGUUGGAGUUGGAAAAACAUACGACAUAUCUGCUAUUCAGGCCAUCGUUAAACACGUCGCAGGUUCCACAAACAGCAAGGUUUUCUUCCCUUGUGAUGACUACCUGGUCAGCGAUGAUAUUGCUACAAGUGGCUUGGUGGAAUUCCAUGGAACCCAGAGUGGUAUUGCAGUCAUCAAGGCGUACCUGGAAGUACCUGGA